AGAUCUGAUACCUCAACCACCUGAAGCAAUUUCUGAAUUUAAAAAAGCGUUGGUAUUUUUAAUUCAAGACAAGUUGAAAAAUGGGUAUAACCAGCAAAAACAAUGUACAAUAAACAUACCGUAUUUAGAAAGUUUAUUUGUAGGGGUUUUUAAUG